ACUACUGCGCUUCAGACCGAAUGUUGACAGGGACGAGAGAGGAUUGUCUAUCAGUGCGUUCUGUGAGCUGUCAGUAAAGAACUAAGUCCAGGUUUAUUUAACGCUAUUUAAUGUUUCCUUUUUUUAUCCAUUCUAAUGGCGUGAAUGGGGGAUUUCCCACCAGUUUGUGUCUUUCUUCGUUUGGUCCUGUCGCUGGAUAAUUUUGGAUGCAAUGGGAAUAGGAAUACGUGCGCCGUGGUCUGAGGCAGCAGGCAGCAGACUCCGUGUCGAUCUACUGUAGUAGCCUUGAUGGAAACCAUGUCUCCCCAGCAGGGAACUAUCGGACAGAAUAGGUCUGGCUCUUUGACAGGGAACAGCAAGUUCUGCGCGCUACCAGACAGCAAAAAGCAGAUGAAGACCCUGGCCCACCGAAGACAGUCCGCCCCCUCCCUGGUCAUCAGCAAAGCUCUUACCAAAUCACGAAGCAUGUCCAGGGAGAACUGCCUGUCCCCAGUCAGCCCAGAGAAGUGUCCCCUGGUGCAGGCGUUCCUCUCUCCAUGGAGGGUGUUCCUGGCCCACGCCCACACCCAGCUGCAGACCGGUUUACAGACGCAGGAGAGACACCUCUUCCUCUUCACUGACACACUCCUUAUCGCCAAGGCCAAGUCGUCCACACACUUCAAGCUGAAGGCUCAGGUGCGUAUGUGUGAGAUGUGGACAGCAGGCUGUAUGGAGGAUGUGUGUGAAGGCACCACCAGUCCAGAAAGGAGCUUCGUCAUGGGCUGGCCCACUUUCAACUGUGUCGCCACAUUCAGUUCUGUGGAGCACAAGGAGAAGUGGCUUUCUCUCAUCAAAAGUCGAAUAAAUGAAGAGAAAGAGAAGAUGACCAAGACCAUUCCUUUGAAAAUUUUUGCAAAGGACAUUGGGAAUUGUGCUUAUGCUAAGACUUUAGCUGUCAGUAAUUCCGACAGCACCACUGAUGUAAUCCGAAUGGCACUACAGCUGUUUGGCAUUUCGGGCUGUGUGAAAGACCACCAGUUGUGGAUGAGCUCCUGUAAGGAUGACUCCCCCUAUCCUCUGAUUGGGCACGAGUUUCCCUUCAGUAUCAAGAUGAGUCACAUUCGACUUCCUGCGGAACGUUCCAGGCAGUCUGCUUUGUGUGGAUCUGUAUGAGCAGUGGGUUAGAGUGAUGGAGCGAGAGGAGGGAGAGGAGAAAUGGCUAGCCAUCCAUAGGUUAGUCCAUCUUCUGCCCAGUGAAAACCUGUUGCUUCUCAGACACGUGGUUGCCGUGCUCCACUGUAUUCAAGGAAAUGCAGAAGACAACCAGAUGAAUGCCUUCAAUCUGUCUGUGUGCAUCGCUCCCAGCAUGCUGUGGACACCAGCCCCCUGUAGCCCACGGGGGGAGGGGGAGGCCACCAAGAAGGUCUGUGAGCUGGUACGGUUCCUGAUUGAGAACUGCAGGAAGGUCCUGGGAGAUGAUGUCACCUCUCUGUUUGGUGCAUUCCCUCAGAAGAGCAACAGCAGCGACCACGGAUCAGAUGUGUCAUCUUUCCAGAUGAAUGACUCAUCCUACGACAGCCUGGAGAACGAGUUAAACGAAGACCCAGAGUCACCCUUCCAGGAGUCCCUCCCUCUGAGGGACAAGGCCAUGCCAGACAGCCACAGCAGAGACUCUGUCAUCACGCUGAGUGACUGUGACCCAGACCCUGACCCUGACCCUGACCCUGAGGAUGACCUCCUACAUCUCCCUCCACUGCCCAGACCCAGGAAGUUCACCUCCGUCGUACGCCAACCACAGCCACGUCAGUCCUUUGUCCAAUCACAUGGCCCUCGGAGGUUACGACGCAGCUCGGAGCCCGCCCUCGGACACACCCCCGGAGCUCUGAUUGUCCAAUCAGAUAAGCACAGUUUGGCAUCACGUAAAGCAAGCUACGAUGCGGCGAUGGAGGGAGAGGAAGAAGAGGAGGAGGAAGAGGAGGAUGAAGUAUUUCUGAAGCAGGGGCUCAGGGCUCUGCAGCUGAAAGACAUUGUAGUCACAGGUGGAGAAAGAGGAGGGGUUGGAACUCUUGGGCGGAGGAAGCUGAGGCACGCCCCGCCCCCUCCUUUACGAUUGGAUGCAAGCUGCUCCAGCCUGUCGUCCCCGGCGACCUCCCCCACAGGCUCCUCCCUCAGCUCCUUAGACUCCGCCUUCUCCCAGUAUUCCACGGACUAUGUCACCAGCGCAGGCUUCCAUUUGGCUGAGCCUUCCCCCCACUCCCCACUCUCACCCCGCUUCCCCCUCUCACACCUCUUCCCCCUCUCACCCCGCUUACCCCGCUCCCCCCAGGGCUCACCCCCCAAGAGAGACACAGUGGACUGUAGCCAAAGCCACCCCCCCCACUCCUCCCGGACCCCGUCCACCCACCACGGCCUGCACCCCAACACUUGGUUCAAGAGGGACCGACGGCUGUCGCUUCGGCAACCCGACAACGGACACCUGGAGGAGGAAGUGGGGGAGGGGGAAGGGGAAGGGGUUAGCCUCCCAAAAUCCCCAGAGGUUAAAGGUGUAGAGGUGACCACCAAAAGGAGGUCCAGCAGCCCUCCAUCCUACCAGCAGGCUAUCCUACAGCUACAGGGGAGUAGGUCUCCUUUCUACAGAGGCACAGAGAAACCCCUCACCGUAAAGGAGCUACGGCUGCUACACAACCAGUCCUGCAAAGUCACCGACAGACCCCCCACAAGAAGUGGCGUCACCCAGCAGCCCACUGGAAUAGAAAGUGAGGUCAUCCAGCCCCCCCAGGGUGUGUUCUAUGGACAGAGUAGCUCAACACUUACCCUCCAGAGGCAUAAGUCUCAUUCCCUCACCCCGGCCAUGGAGGCCAGCCGCAAGGUCCUCACCAUGCCUCGCAGAGCCUCAGAGCCCUCAUGCGUGACAGAUGCAGCCUCCAGCCUUACCCUGGAGAGGCCCAGGGUCAAGUCCCGGACCCACAGGGUCAAAGAUCAGCAGCUCCCUGAGAGCGGACUUAGAGUCUCUGACGUGGAGCCACAGUGCAACGGAGCAGGCCCAAACUCAGAGCCAGGGAUCUGCCUAUCACCCUCCACCACGCGGGCAGUGAGGGACUACUUUUCCUCGCAGGGGCGGGUGAAUGCAGACGCAUGCCUGGGUAGGAGUCAAGAGGUGGCUCUGGCCCUCGUCCAGGGGAAGAGGGAGUGGCAGAGCAGGAAGUGUAGUGACCCGUGUGUCGACGACUUUGACCAAAUGUUCUUUGCUGAGGAGUCCUACGUUUAAUACAUUCAAGAGGAUUUUAAGAGUGUCUGGGUUUGUUUUAUAUGGCUGGUCAAUGUUGUUUAUAGCAUAUCGUUUGUAUGUUUAUAUGGUCUUGUUGUUGGUGUUUAUAUUGUCAUAUAUGUACAGUUAUUUUCCCCUGGUCAUAGUAGAUGUUUGGUUGUGCUUGAGCUCUGUUUCCGCAUGUCUGUCGUUCAACAACAGGUAGAGGUCUAUAUUUAUGUUCAUGUGAUGCUUUGUUAUAGUGUWGUACGACCUGUAAGAAAUCAUAUGUGUAUUUUUGUACAUGAUGCCAAUCCUGCUGCUGUACUAUAGAGUAUAUUUGCUACAGAACACACCGUUUGUAUAUCUGAUGUCUAAUGCUUAUGAAAAUUAAUUAUAACGAUUAUAAUAAAACGUUGCUCUUGUGAAAGUA